AUGCUACUUGUUAGAAGUAAUACGGAAGAUGAUGCUUGUUGUAUUUUGGAGGGGAAAUUAUCAUGUAUGCGGAAGGAGAAUUACAUAUCAUCAGUUUUAAAAUUAUGUUGGAAUUAUUCGGCGAGGAGGAACUUAUGUGUUGUUCUAAUUUUCAUAGUGUCUGUUUGCUUUUUGCUAAUUUCAUCGGAUGUAUUUUCGAAUAGUAAUUAUUGGAAUCUAUUAAUUUCGAAUAAUAAUAAUAAUGUGUUGCCAUCACCGAGAAGGUUUCUCAAACACAAUUCUAAUUGGAUAAUUUUGGUACAGGGCCAAGAAAUACCCACCAUCAACAACAACAUAAUUUAUCGAGACAAGACCCACCACUCCCGUUCGAUAUCAGACGAGAGUGAUGACGAUGAAGGCGAUGACGACGAUGAUGGUGAUAAUUACAAAUGCUAUGGACAGUCUUCAUCAAGUUCUUCUGUAUGUUCUGGUCAUGGAAAGUGCAUUUCCAAGAACAAUUGUUCAUGUAGUGUUGGUUAUUAUGGAAAUAAGUGCAAUAACUUGUAUGUUUGUGAUUCAUUGACACAGGAAUCACCUCUUGUUUGUUCUGGACGUGGAAAUUGUACGGCCAAUGGUUCAUGUACUUGUCAGAGUGAAUAUUAUGAUUCUAAUUGUUCAUCCUAUUCGUGUUUCUCUGUGGAUUAUCAGAGCUCAUUGGUUUGUUCUGGGAGAGGUAAUUGCACACUUCCAGAUGUUUGUUCAUGUUCUGCAGGACAUUUUGGAUCGAAUUGUGGGUUGACUAGUUGUUUUUCGAUAUUGUCCAAUAGCUCAGAUGUCUGUCAAGGAAAGGGCCAAUGCCAGAUUUUAGAUGUUUGUAGUUGCAAUUCUAAUAGCGAUGGUUUUGAUUGUGGAGCACUGUUAAUAGCUGGUGAGAACGUAAUCCUCUCAUUGACAGAUAGCUCCAUGUUGGAUACUCAGUCCAACAACACUCAUGUUAUUUUAAGCUUUGCAGACUCUAAUUUUACAACCUAUUACAAUAAGAAGGAAUCCUUGAUUAUAACAUUUACAAUUAGGAAUGGCAAUUAUUUCUACUCUGAAAACACAACCUCUCUAACCUGGAAAUUGCCACUUCUAACUGUUGGAGAAUAUUCAAUUGAAGCCACAAUUAUUGAUAGAAACUAUGAUAUCAUUGUUGGUAAUAGUUCUCAAUCAAGGUCAAUAUCAGUUUUCUCUCUAAAACAAGUAACGGAUAAUCCAAGUAGGAUUAAAGAGCUAGAUAUUGGAUCUAUUAAUCAAAUUGCUAACAAUCUACAAAAUGUAACCAACAAGACAGAACUGAUUGAGGUUAUAGCUAGUACCCUCACAAACAAGACCUCAAACAUUACCACUGAACAGAGUAUCUUUUUAACCCAAACUCUAUUGGUUAUUACCGACUCUGUCUAUACUAACUAUCUCACAGAAGCUGGCAAGGAAGCUAUUUCCAAAACAGUGAAUGAUUUCUCAGACACUUUGAAAAAAUUACAUUCGGCUACCAUCAUCAUCAACAAUAUUUCCACUAAUUUAUUACUAAUUGCCUCUAACCUUGUGGAAUUGUCACUCGAAUUGAAAACAAUGCAAAAGGCCAUUGAUAGCUCACUCUCUGCUAUUGCAAUCUCCAAUAAGAAUGAGGGAAAAAAAGAACCAGUCAAAGUUGAAACGAAAAACUUUGUAGUACUCGUUGUUUUAGAUGAGAAUAGAGGAAGUAGCCCUAUUGAUGCCUCUCACAGUGUGGCUAUUCCCUCUACUAUUGGUGCUGCGUUGGGACCUUCUGCUACUAGUUUUGGCAUUGUUCGAUUUGAAUCCUCUCCUGAACAGUUUUUCACUGAUCAAUCUAUUUCUUUUCCUGGUGCCAAAAUUUUACAAUUCAAGACCCUAGUAAGUGGUACCUAUGUUCCACUCAACAAUCUAUCUGAGAAUAUCACCCUAACUUUUACCAUUGAUGAGGGGACUAUCAAUGAAACCUUAAUCAAUUCCACACUUAACAGUAACUCUUCGAACCCAGAGAUUGUCAAGACCUAUGUCUGUAGAUAUUGGAAUGAAACUGAAAUGAAAUGGCUUCAAAACGGUUGUAGUACCUCAUACAGUAAUGGAACGGUGACAUGCUAUUGUGAUCACACAACAAGGUUCUCAGCAUUUAUCGAUUUCUCAGAAGCUCCCUAUAAGAGGAAUGAUAGGAGUAUUCAUGAUUCUCUCUCCACUGCUAAUAUUGCCAUUUCUUCCAUAUUUCUUGUAGUUAUUGGCAUAAUAUUUGCGUUGUUAAUUAUAUUAAGGAAGAAACAACCUGUCAAGUCCAGAUACAUUACCCCACAUUUGGCUCUUGCCUCUCUGUUUAUUGAAAAUUUAGCUGUUGGAAUAUUUUCCAAAUCAAUCCUGCUCCAUUACUCAUAUUUCCCUUCAUUGAGAUUGGAUUUAAUGGUUUCUAUUUGCACUGUCAUUUCUACAUCGAUGAGAGCUGCUGCUAUUUGGUGUUACAUGAUAAUGUCACUCAGAUAUCUAGUUCACAGGUAUUUUUAUGAGUGGAUGAUGAAAGCAAUAGAAACAAACAAGAAGGAUUCCAUGGUCAAGUAUCUGAAUAUUUUGAAAAAGCAGACUGUCCUUGUCGUUACUAGCAUAAUUACUGGAGUACUUUUUCUCAUCUACUUUUCCAUUUUUGUUAUUUUAAGAGGAGAUAGCUCACUUACCACUGCUCAAUUCUCAACUGCUUCAACGGUAUCUAUUUUCAUCUUGUUGAUAAUAAUGACUAUGGUGAUUAUUGCUAUUUAUGUUACUGAUCUAGUUCUCGAAAAGUCAAACAAACAAAUGUCAGAUGAAGUUGUUGAUAUUGCUGAGGAAAUGAAUUCAUUAGUAAUCGAUUCUUCAACUGCUAAUUCCCAACAAGCACUCGUCAAGAAUAAUUUUUCUCAGGAGCUUGCAAAAGGAGGUAGAUUACUAGGAUCCAUUUUCAAAACAUUCAUUUCAAAUGAUGUACUAAUGUUCAGAACGGAGGUUAUCUUUUAUUUGGCAGCAAUGCUUUUCUUUAUAGUUUCUUACUUGGUUGGUUUUUCAACUUUGAGUUUGAGAUUCUCUGGCGACUCUACCAAUAACGACAUAGUUGACAUGAUGGAUAGUGUUAUAUUCUUGUUUGAAACUUUAAUGACUAUUUGUUUGAUUAUUGCAUUUGGUGGAUUUGUUGUUGUUUGGGCUCUCAAGACUGAAUUUACUAAGGGAGGAUGGUUCACUAAAAAGCAAGCCAAUGCCUUCCAAGAGUUUGAUGAAAAAUUUGAGGUUUUGACUCUCAAACAAAACAAGUACUUGUUGAAAUUAUUCCGUCAAUACACCAAAACUGAGAUGAGUUUGGAGAAUUAUAUUAUUUGGAUUCGUUUGGAAAAAUUCAAGCAAGAUUUUUCAGAUGUCAUUUCUCCUUCAAAUGCGAAUAUUGGGGAAUGGGACAGGGUUGUUACAGAGAUGGAUGAACUUUUCAAAACUCACAUUGAUUCCUCUUCUGAAAUGUCUGUCAAUAUCAAUUCAAUCACGAGAAGAAAGUACUUGAUUCUCCACAAUACUCUUCUCAAUACUAACAUUAAUACUCUCAAUGGAAGCGAAGUUGCCGAGUUAAAGACUGCCACCAAUGAGGUUAUUAUGGAUCUAAUGACGGAUAUUGUUUACAAUUUGAUGGAUACCUAUUCUAGAUUUGUUUUGACAGAGGAAUUUAGAAUUAUCAAGCAAGUUCAAGCCACCAGAGAAAUGACAACUGUUCAAUUAUUCAAAUAA